UACAGUACAUCUGUACAUUAGGAAAUACUUAUAUUUUAAAUAAUCAGAGUAAUGUGAACUACGUCAUACAUUCAUGCGUACCUCGCAAUCUGAUGACGUAUUAUCACCCAUGUGCGAUUUGCAAAGAAAAGAAUGGCAGAACAAAUGGAAAUAUCCGCUGUUACUACAACUACAACCAAUGAUAAACCAGUCUCCAAUGGUGAGACAGGCGCAGCCCCUUCGACAGAUAAACCAACAGAUGAAAUGACCUCAAAAGACUACUAUUUUGACUCAUAUGCACAUUUCGGAAUACAUGAGGAGAUGUUAAAAGAUGAGGUCCGUACUUUGACAUAUAGAAACUCUAUGUACCAUAACAGACAUCUGUUUAAGGACAAAGUAGUCCUAGAUGUUGGUUCAGGGACUGGCAUCUUAUGUAUGUUUGCUGCUAAAGCUGGAGCUAAGAAAGUCAUUGGGAUUGAAAUGUCUAGUAUUGUGGAACAUUCCAAAAAGAUUAUAGAACUGAACAAACUUAGUGAUGUGAUCACAAUAAUCAAAGGCAAGGUUGAAGAGGUUGUUCUGCCAGAUGGUAUUGAUAAGGUUGACAUUAUCAUCAGCGAGUGGAUGGGCUAUUGUUUGUUCUAUGAAUCUAUGUUAAACACAGUUAUAUUCGCCAGAGACAAGUGGCUGAAACCUGAUGGUAUGAUCUUCCCUGACAGAGCUACUCUGUAUGUGUGUGGAAUAGAAGACCGGGAAUACAAAGAAGACAAAAUUAACUGGUGGGACAAUGUGUAUGGGUUUGACAUGAGCUGUAUCCGUUCAGUUGCAAUCAGUGAGCCACUUGUAGAUGUUGUAGAUCACAAACAGGUGGUCACUAACUCGUGCCUUCUCAAGGAGGUGGACAUCUACACAGUGAAGGAGGGAGAUCUCAGUUUUGAGGCCCCUUUCCAUUUACAAUGCAGGCGGAAUGACUAUGUGCAGGCACUGGUUACUUUCUUUAAUAUAGAAUUCACUAAGUGUCAUAAACGUGUAGGAUUUUCUACAGGUAAGUAUUGCCAAAAGAAAUUUGAAAUUGAUAUACAUGUAUAUCAAUGAUCUCCCCAGGAUUUUCUCAUGCGGGUGCAGAUAUUUGCCGCUCUCUUUAAGUUUGGGUUUAACUUGUUGAAGUCAUGUGAUGACAUAAGUUAUGAAUGAAUUGUAGCAAAAUUUUGACUGGGGAUAUGCGCAACUGAUUUUCUGAGCUAGUUUUGUGUGUUUACUCAAGGCAAGAGAGCUGAAAAUUUUGUUACUAAAUUUUAUUAUUUUUCCAACAUUUUUUUACUUCACUUUUUGGUCAGUAUUGAGUAAAGUGGGUAUAUAUAGACAGUAGAGAGUGGUGAAAACUUUGAGGUGGGUGCAGUUUUCAUUUGAAGUGGGUGCUGCGCCAGAAAAGAUGAUGCUGGGGAGAUCCCAAUAUAUGUUUUUGUGAGAUAUUCGAAAGUACUGUUUUCUCUGAUCCUAUUUAAAUUAUUGUGCAAUGAGUUAUGCUAAAAAGAUGUGAUUUUGUUGUCAUUUUGGUGAGUGACAUAUGUUCUCUUGAAUGCUCCUUCCUAGGUAUAUUGCUUGAUAGAUUGAUUUUAUUGAUGUUUUCUGGUGUGAAAUAUACAACCAAUCUUUUGAAGGCAAUUUUUAUAGAAAAUAACCCACUUCAUGCAAUGGAUUUAUCAUGUAACCUUCUAUAGAUGGAAAACACCUCCUUCAAACAUCUCUUAGGUAACAUGAUUCAACAAUGUGAAAUAUGAUCACUGUGUUACUUUGUUAAAUCACUUGUCCAAUACUUCUGGUUGCUGUUAUCUCUGCCAGGGUUUAUUCAUGCUGCACCAUAAUGUAUUUUAUGUUAAUUUUAGCCCCUGAAGCCAGAUAUACUCAUUGGAAACAAACAGUCUUCUACCUUGAUGACUAUAUCACUAUAAAGAAAGGAGAAGAAAUGUUUGGCACAUUCAAGAUGACACCAAACAGUAAGAAUAAUAGAGAUCUGGACUUUGACAUCUCUGUUGAUUUCAAAGGUGAACUAUCCAACACAACAUCAAACAUGACAUUUAAAAUGCGUUAGAGCAAAGUGAAUGCCACAGAACAAUAGACCUUGUGCUGAUGUUAUCGUCACUAUGUAGAACUGCAGAGCAGAAAUAAACUGAAUCAUCUCUUCUCAAUGGAUAACAGAUUUGGUCAAACUGACAUUGUCAGAGAUAUGGUACUUGCAUGCCUAUUAGAAAUAUUCAUUUUUUAUUCUCAGCAGAAUGACCUUGACAUUUAUCUUACCUUUUAUAUAUUGCUAGCAGUACUUGCUCUUUGUAUCUCAUUUCUACACUUAUGAAUACAGUGAAAUAAAAAAGAUAUGUAUUUGUACAAAA